UCUUCUUCUCACUCAAACCUCCUUGAUUAAUUUGUGAAGCUCUCAUAAUGACAUUGAACUAAGUACUUUGUGAGUUGAACAUUUAUUUUCUGUGCAGGUGGCUAAAAGUGUAAAGAUUGUGAUGGCAUCUCGAUUAGCAUCAAUUGCUAUUACGCUAGAUAUGGAGACAAUUCAGGUGUCACAACUGUGUAUUGAUGCUUAUAUUGUCAAGCAGCCGAUUUUGCAGACCCCAAAAAUAAAAUUGAAAGAACAGCAAGUAAAAGUUUUGAACCCCAGGAAGCUAGAAGUUUUUCCUCAGGCUAAUAAAGAUAAACUGCAUUUUGAACUUCACCGGUUGAAAAAUAAGCUUCCUUUUGUUGUUGUGAAGGGUAUUACUACGGUUCAAAGAGCUGUGGUGAACAAAGAACAAGAAAGAGAUCGUAAGAGCGAUGUCAAAGGAGAAACAUAUGAGUUGCUUGUUGAAGG